ACGUGUAGAGAGCAGAUGGAAGCAUAGGGACUGAUCUGAUCUCUAGUCCUCAGAGGUCAUUCUCGCUACAGUUACAGCCACUUGUUGCCAAAUCGCUCCGAGACCGCGAGCGCGUCGCGAAACCGCUUUCGUAAAGAGCUAUUUCUUUGCUUUAACGACACAGAGCUAGAUGUUGAGACGGGAAUACAACCACUUCUGACUUUGUUUGGGGAAAAAGGUCACUUUUGAGCAAAUUCGUCGCAUUUGACGGGAGAAGCAUGGUUGACAACACAAGCAUAGCAACUAAAUCUGCACUGCAAGCCGCUUUCUCGUCGGCGAGCACUCUUCCUCUGCUGGUCAGCUCCUCCAGCGCUCACAGUCACUCGAGCAGCGGCGGCGGCGGCGGGAUGAAGCUGGAGGCUGUCAUGGAGAACCUGCAGCGACAGCAGGCGGCUCGACUCGCCCUGGAGGAGAAGAUCCGCCAAGCCGAAAAAGAGAAAGACAUCAGGUCUAUGGUGGAGUCGCAGAUUCAACAGCAAGCCCUCGCUUUCCGCCACUAUCAAGCAGCAGUCAGGGGAGCGUACGCUGCGGGAGCUCCGAACUCGAGCUCCGGCCACCCAAAUGAGCGCACAGCCGACUCCGACAUCGAUGAUGAUGAUGAUGCUGACCUAGACCUGGACCGCGGCAUGGAUGAUGAAGAGCGCGACUUGGAUGAAGAUGACAGUAUGAACGAGGGUGGAGGGGAUGAAGAUUUGGAGGGACCCUUAGCUCAUUACCAACCGCGCCAUGCUGUUUAUUCCGGUGCGGGGCUGUCUCCAAAAAGUACACCGAUACAUUUGUCCAGAGUCCAGCCUCCCUAUCCAGCUCCAGGACAGGCUGAAUCACCGAGUGGUUUGGCACCACAAGCACAAUCGCAGCACCACGAAUGGACUUAUGAGGAACAGUUCAAACAGUCAGGCCAAGGCAGCGGGCCAGGGAGGAAGCUGAAAGAAUCGAGUGUUGCUUUCGGUGGCGGUGGCUCUUCGUCUCUGAUUCAGGAGCUAUACGAACUGGACGAUGAUGAGAAAAGGAAAGAGUUUCUUGACGAUCUCUUCAGUUUCAUGCAAAAAAGAGGGACUCCAGUGAAUCGGAUUCCUAUCAUGGCCAAGCAGGUGUUGGAUCUCUACACUCUCUACAAGCUUGUCACCGAAAAAGGCGGCUUAGUGGAAGUCAUCAAUAAGAAAAUAUGGCGCGAGAUUACCAAAGGCCUGAACCUCCCUACCUCCAUCACCAGUGCGGCUUUCACCCUCCGAACACAGUAUAUGAAGUACCUCUAUCCUUAUGAAUGUGAAAAGCGAGGACUGAGCUCUCCUGGGGAGCUUCAGGCAGCUAUCGACAGCAAUCGUCGUGAAGGGCGGAGACAGAGUUAUGGCUCCACCCUCUUCAACUAUUCCCCCGUUGGCACCCCUACACUGCUGGCUUCCCCCAAACUCCAGAUGCCCCACAUCAGCAUGCCCACUCCCAACGGCGGGCACAUGACUCAAACCCCUGUUAUCAAGAAAGAGGACUCUAUGAUGUCCAGCUGCCUGACUAACAGGGUGGGCAUCCCUGUGUCUUUGGCCAGCCACCACAGUGCAGCCCAGGCCGCAGCGGCUCAGGCUGCAGCUGCAGCAGCUGUGCAGGCGGCCGCGUUGGAGCAGCUGCGGGAGAAGCUGGAGUCUGGAGAGCCACCGGAGAAAAAAGUGAUGCUCAUGGCAGAGGAGCAGCAGAGGAUAAUGCAGCAUGCAUUGCAGCAGAAUCUCUUUGCCAUGGCAACCCAGUUACCCAUGAACAUCAAACUGAACAACAGAGAUGAUAGACAAGAGACUGCAUUGAACCUGUCUACCAACGGCAUUAGCAGCAUCAACAUGUCAAUAGAAAUAAAUGGGGUUGUCUACACAGGGGUCUUGUUUGCCCGUAAGCCAGCCAUUGGUUUCAUGCCAGGGAGUCAACGAGUCCAUCACCAACACAGCUCUCAGGGAAAGAGCAGCAGCCCAGGGCUCAACACCCAGAUGCAGCCGUCCUCCUCUUCCUCCUCCACCGCCUCCUCACACGGACCAGCCACCUCCCCUUGAGCCUUCACCCUGGUCCACAACACCUCUCUCACUCAACUCUCCCCCGACGUCAGAUAAGGCAGGGUCUUUAGGUCAUACUGUUGGACCAGUUUUUUCUGUCUCCUUCAAUGUACAAUGUACACUUUUUACUGUUUUUCUAACCCUCGCCCUGCAAUCAGGACAAGGAGUAUCCAUCACCGAAAAAACUUCCAUUGAAAAUAAUGGCUGAGCACCUACAGCUGAAAGCCGCACAUUUGAAGUGUGUUACAUUUACAUAUGCAGCAAGUUGCAGCUUGUAAUUUUGUUCUUCUGAGGACGUGUUAUUCAUUGUGGAGCGACUAAAACGUAUUGCGUGACAAUGCCAUGAACACAAGGAGCGGUGUGACGCUCGAGAGGACGGGAUAUUCCUCAGACAGAGCGCUGGCCUGCUUGAGUGUUGCAUCAAAGCAAGAUUCUUCACUUUCCUACACAGAUCCUUACUUUUUGGCACAGGAGUCCAUUUUCUUCAUCUUUACUUGUUGCAUUCUUGAAUUAAACAGCAAGAGCUACUAUGAGCUAUUACCAAAGAGAAUAAGAGCAACAUAUUAGAUUAAUGCAGUUUUAUCACCACCAUCACACAUAUCUGAUGCCAUUGCAAACUAUCAGAAAAAAGCAAUGGAAAGUCACCAUAAUGAAUUAAAUCAAGCUGAAAUAUUAAUAUCUAGAUUUUAAGCAAAGCACACCACAUUUAACUUGGGUACAAAAAGUCAGGGAGAAACGUUAUUUACUGUAUCACUGCUUAAAUUUAUGUUAGGUAAGAAAAAACAUCAUUUUAUUCAUCUACACAAUCUUUAAAAGACUGAGAGAAUCAUAAAUAUUUGCCAUAUGUGCAAGAUCAGCCCUGUAUAGCUUGAUAUUGAAGAAAGCAGACAGGCUUAUGUCUACUAUAUUCUCUCAUGAUGGGUUUUGGCCUGCGGCCGUGGCGAAAUAUAUUCCAUUGAUUAGUGAGUUAUUUGGGGAACACUUGUCGACAGUGUUUAAUGAUUUUCCACCACCUCAGCUUGUGUUUUAUAGCAAAGAGUUUUAAGUGUUCAUUAAAUGGUUUAGUAGACGGAAAAACGGGUCACACUGGUUAAUACAGGUUUUAGAAGUCGGGGGUCAAAUGAUUUUGUGACGUGUGACUGAGCUGAACGUUGAUCAUAAAAAAAAUGGUCGAGUACUUAAACCAGAAAAGAGAGGCUCUUGAGAAGAAGAUUAUGUGCCGUGAACAGGCUGAAUGUGGCUCAUCUUAGGCAUCAGUUCAUGAGGUGGGAUCUCUGUUGUGAAUAGAAUCCAAUUUUCAUCAAGUUUUCAACAAUGCACUUGCAUUUGAGAGUUCACCUCUCGUCCUUUAUUCCGUUCUCUCUUUUUUCUUUUGCUCACACUCUUUUCUUUAUUUCUUUUUCGCCUCUUUUCUGUUUAUAAGAAAAUGGGAGGAUUUUAUUGUGUCAUUUUUUUUAGAAUUCAGUAGGCAAUUUCAAGUUGUAUUUAUUAUUACUUUUAUUCUCUUCCUUUCAUGUUUAAUCUUGGGCUGUUUCAAUGCUUUCAGCAACAUCACUUUUAUUUAAAGAAAAAAAAGUCAUAGUACAGCCUAAUACCUCACAAAUCCUGCAAACCUGUACACAGAUAAUAGAUUAUGAAAACAAGAUAUACCUCAUUUAUUUCAUUUCUAUUAUUUUUAUUGUGAAGCCACUUGAAAAUUGAUGUUUUUUCAACAAAUCACUGGAUUUUUUUUUUCUUUUCUUUCUAUUUUGUAUUGUUUUACCAAAGAAGGGAAUAUAUAAUGAACACACAUCUACCUCAUUUGUUAUAGACUGUGCCAACAACAUAAUCACAGCAGCCAGUUUUUAAUCAUAGCCUUUCUGGUCCAAAUUCGCUUUUGCCUGCGUGAUUUGUGCUGCAAAACCAGAGGCUGGACCACACAGGGCUCAACACAGCGUCAUUUGCUUUACUUGUUCAUUUAUGUCAGUGGCAUUUUUUUAUGCACAGGGGGAAAAAAAAAAAAACAGAAGGAUUCUAUUUUGUGCAUACAACUAUUCAAAUCAAUCCAAUAUUGAUCUGAUCGAGGUUCUUCUUUACAGUAUCAAUAGAUGUUUGAAUUAGAUCUGAAAUACACCGUAAUACAUCUUAUGAAUCAUAUCUUAAGUUAAGCUGCAACCUUUGGCGUUUAAUUAAUUAAGUGUUUUAGUUCACGGUUUGCGGCAGUUCCGUUAAUGCCAGUGUUUGAGUCAUUUCUGUUCACAACAUAAUGUGGCUUUCAGAGAAUAUGUAACCUAAUCUAAAUCAAAACUAACUAAAAUUUAAAAAAAAAAAAAAAUAAAUCCAUUAUUUUAUAACUCUUUAUUUGAAUGUGGAGACAUGCUCAGAACAGGACUUAUUUUUACAAAUACCAAAGAUGUGACAAUAUUGUUUGGUUGACAAUUACCGACCAAUAUUGUCAUUCUUAACUUUAAUCUCAAGCAGCACAGAAAAGGUUUCAUUUGAUUCUGCUGCAGCAAAACUUGAUUUUAUCCACUCAGAUCAAAAUGUUUUCCAAAAAAAAUGGCCAAGAUGUAUAUUCAGUUAGUCUCAGUGCACAAAUGGCAAUCUAAGAAUGUAAUAGCAGUUUCCAGACUUCUAGCACAACUAACGAUUAAUGAAACGAGUAAACCUGACCAUCAUUUUGUUGUUGUAUAGGUGCAAGGAUUAAUGGAAAUAUAUAGUCUAUAUUUAUGUGGAAUUACAGAGGGCACAAUCAAUGCACAAUUGUCUGAUUCCUGUUGUUCGAUGUAAUUUACCUCUUGAUCAGCGUAUGAAGAGACUUUGUUCUUAUUUCUAGAGCAAAUCCUGGACAAACUCUGGAGUGCUUGCUGACUGUGAAGCAAAAACAUGAAUCAGAGCGAUUCCAUAACCAAAGCUUUUACGAAACCACGCUCACAUGCUUACUGAUGACGAUGUUGGAACAUUUGUUCAUAAAAAGACUAUUAUUUUAAUAAAGGUUAAAAAAAUUAUUCACUCAUGUGCUUAAAGAAUAACAUGUUGUUUACCUUGUUUAGCUAUGUCAACGAUGCUAUGCUGGUAGAUUUUAGAUCCUAUUAUACGCUGUGUAUGAAGCUUAUUUUCCUUUUAUUCACUUUGGAUAAAUCCAGUGCAUUAUGGGAAAGCUGGAUUGUGGUGCUCAGGGGUUAAAAAAGAAGAAAAAAAACUGGUGAAAGAUUUUUUGUUUUGUUUUGUUUGUUUGUUUUGCCAUUGACUUGUAGCAUAAUUAGAAAUAAAGUACUGCUUUCCACUUUAA